AGCGAAGAGACGGCUCUGGGUAGCAGGUUAGGUUGAGGAUGAACGGCGAGGCGGUUGCAGUUUAGCAUGGAGCGAGAGCAACUGUAGCUGAGCUGAAGUCCCUGUGUCUUAAAGUUAAUUGCGUAGCAGUGCCGCUAAGGUAGAAUUUGCACCGGCUUGGGCACUGCUUUCACCUGCUGUUUACUCGGAGAGCUCCAAAUGCCCCGCUUAGUGAAGCGGACGCCGCUGCCCGCCCCGCCUCCAGCCGUCGGGAAGGAGGUUGGAGAUGAGCUGACAUACAAACUGAGGGAAGAGCCGAUGGACGACGAUGCAUUUGAGGGCUAUACAUACACAGAGGGGGAUGAUGCUUCAGUAUUGGGGAAGAGCAGGGUGUUGGCGACGUCGGCGCACGUCAAUUCCCGGAACAAAUGGCCGGCCCGAGUCUGUUCCAUGUUGUGUUGUAUCGUGAUGUUGACGUUUGUUGCAUUUCUUCUAGCAAUUGUGUACAUUGUCCUUAAAGAUUUGCGUUUGGAGAAAGAAAACCGCGAGCAUAAUAUCAAGACAGGGAUUUUGGGUCUUUGGAGUUCGUUAAUUUUGGCCGUGAUCGUUGGGGUGUCAUGUUGUAGUUUCUCGUGGACGUUGACGUAUUUUGAUUCAUUUGAACCUGGGAUGUUUCCACCAACACCUCUAUCGCCUGUUCGAUUUAGGAAAAUAACAGGUCAUUCCUUCCACAUGGGCUACAAUAUGGCAAUUCUCAAUGGCAUCACAACAGCUCUGGCUAUAAUUUGGUGGUUUGCCUGAAGUCACUUUUUCCUUCAUCAAAAGUGCAUACUGACUUUUAUUCAGAUAAGCAAGCCUGAAAGUAGUGGCAAGUAAGAAGAUGGCGUACCUGAAGAUGCCCUUUUGGUUUUAAAUAUAUCUAAUAUCAGGAUAUAUUUUGUUGAUCUGUUAACUUCAGCUUUACGAAUCCUUUUUACAGACUAGCUUCUUAAAAUUGCAAUUUUAAAUAUUUUACAUUGAACAUAGUUUUGUUGUACAAUGCAACACAUUCAGGUAUGUGCUUUUCUAUAUUCUCAGAUAAAAGCAGGCAGAAUAAAAUUUAAAUACAUUAAAUCGUGAAUCAUAGUUGACUGGGAAAAUAACUUUCUAAUUGUAAUUAAUCUAUUUGAUAAAGUUGACAGAAAUUAAUGCUGCAAAAAUUGACAUUUUGCUUUUCUGUUUCCUUGGCAUUAAUAGCUGUUAAUAACUUUGCAAAUGCAUUGUAUUUUGCAAUGGGCAAUCUGCCUUAAGUACUAGGUUGUCUUAAAAUUCUUAGUAGAUUUAAACAUUGCUUUUAUUUUCUUGCCUUUGACAGAAGAAUACUCUUAUUUUUCACAUUUCUGAUCCUCUAAUUUUUUAAUAUUGGCAUAUUGAAAGUGUCCCAUAUGAUGGGGAAAAUCUAAACCCAAGUUUGGGAGAAGGAAAAGCUAGGGUAGACUAUGAAAGUCUGGGAAUAUAAGUGGCCUAGUGCAUUUUUUUUGUCCUAGGGCAUUCACCCGGCAACUCUGAGCAGAUGAAGUGACAAGUUUCCAUAAUACCAUCAACUUCAAAGAUUCACUGUUCCUUUAUCUUGAGUUCCAUUGGUUUGGCCUCAAGUGCACUAGGGAAACUUCCACGCUCACUUUGAGCAUACUAGGUUCACUGGAAGUGUGUGUAAUGUGUUAAAAGUGUGGUACCUUUCUGAGAAUCUUUGAUAAUUUUGAAUAGGUACUAGAUGUGGUAAGAAUAAAUCUGAUGAAGGAAAUAUAAAUUUAUGAGCCUGGAUCUUUUUACUUGAUGGGUACAAUCAUAUACACUGCUACAGUCUCUGUUUAAAGGGGAAAAUGGUAAAUAUUUGCUGCUAAUUCCAGUGUUAAUCUAUUUCUGUAUUCAUAUUAAUAUAAACAUUUUAUUGUAGCAUGUUCACCUUGAUUUAAAAUGUUAUGGAUGUUGUGCUAUUCAGCAAUGUCACUGACUUUGAAGACUACUAAAAUUGGAAAUCAGUUGAGUAACAUUAAAGAAUCAUAAAUGGAUUUACUUUUAAUUUACGUUGGUUUGAUAAAAUGUGUCUUCAAGCCGUAUGUCCCAUUAUCUUUUGACUUUUUAAAAGAUGGCAUCUUUUCUGGAGAUACGGCACUGCAGAAGCUAAAAUCUGGAACAGCAUGCAAUCUGGUGGAGAAACUAAGUGAUCUGAGCAGGGUUGGUGGAGAGGAAUUGUUGACAUUUUGAGUUCAGACCCUGAUGUAUAGUCAAAGCUAAUUUCCUUUUAUGUUGGAAUCAUGACGCACCACAGUAAUUCCUUGAUGCAACACAGACUUCCAAGCCCAAAACAGAUGCUGCUUGACCCAAUGAGUUUCUUCACCAGCUUGAUUGUUGUGUCUUUUGUAAAUGGCUGUGAAAACCUGAAAUAUCUUGUAUUUUAAGAUCUGCACUCAUUGCUAUUCUUCACCAUUCUUAUGGAACUUUUUAUAAACUAAUUAUUGCAAUUAUGAAUUCAAUAGGAUUCUUUAGGUAUUUUGCAAGUCAAAAAUAUUUUAUCUUAAUAAGGAACUGUUACUAAUUCAAGCUUGUUAAUGAAUGUACAGAAUCACUGUGAUCUCAAAUGUUUGUUUCUAUUUCUAUUAAAGGUGAUUUGCUGAGGAA